AUGGCUGAAGAGGUACGGCCAAAACUGGCCCAGAUCCCCCAGGGCCGUGAUGUGCCUUCUCUCGCCGGCGUUCCCAAACAAGAGGAUGACGACCAGGACCGUCGCCACCGUCCGCAGCCGCUGCAGCUGCCGGCCAACACCGUGACCUUGCCUUCGUUUCGCGAGGCCUACGGCUCCGCUCUGGCGCAAUAUCCUGCCCCUCCCCCUCCACCAGCUCACCAGCCGUAUGUCGACCAGAUGGGCCGGCCAGGACCACGGCCGCCGUAUCCCGACUCUCCGAACAGCUCUGGCAGACUUGGUCCUCAGGGCCCGCCCGGUCCUCUGGGUCCUCCCGGGCCUAUGAAUGGCGGUGGCGAUAUGCACUACGCCCCUCGGCUUCACGCUCCCGACGUGGCCAGCCGCGAAAACAAGGACUACUACGGCGGCUACCCGUACAACCCUUAUGCAGACCGCGCUCCUCCUCCCCAUCCGUCAUACUGGGCCCAGCACCCAAUGCCUCCCAACUACCAGUCCCAGCCGCCUGAGUCGGCUCCGCGGCAGAGAACUUCGAUUGCGUGCAAAUACUGCCGCAAGCGAAAGAUCCGUUGCAGUGGCUACCAGAACACACCAGACGGCAAGUGCACCAACUGCAAGAAGACCGGAAAUGACUGUGUCUUCCAGCCGGUCUCGUCCACCACCUCGACUGCCUUUGUCCCGGUGUCUGCCAUCCAGGGCGGCGUGCCACCGGGUACCCCACUGUACGGCGCUUUCGGACAGCCAUUGGGCCCGAACGGCGGCCGUGGACCGGCACCUGCGAACGGUCCUCCUGGUGGACCCAAUGGCCCGAACGGCGGUCACGGAGGCAUGAACGGGGGCGGCGGACCGCCUCCUGGCUACGGCCCGAACUCGCCGGGCGGCGGGGGCUACUACCAGCAGCAGCAUCUGCCAUCGCCCAUGGACCAGAACGGCCCGCCACAGCAGCUUCCUCCCUCGUCUCAGGGACCUCCAUCGUCAGCAAUGAGCAUGCGCCAGCUACCACUUCCCUAUCCCCAGCCCAACAACGGCUACCCUGGCGAGGAUCAGCGAAGACGCAACAGCAAACGUCCUCGGGAAGACGAGGAGGCCGAAUACUCGAACCGACUCCCUCCUCCGGCGCCGGGCUAUUCAAAUCACAGCAACAACGGAUACUACGGUGGUCCCGACGAGCUGGCUCGUGCUCAUGGCGACAUGAACGUAAACCGGCACUCGCCGCCGUCGAUGCACGGCUCCAGCGUGCCGCUGUCUUCGGGCUCGCCGACCAACGGCCAUCACGGUUACGGCCCUCUUCCGCCACCGCCACCCAUGUCUUCCGUUGGGACUGAUACCAGCGUGCGUAGCAAUGGCAGUGCUGCCGGAACUGCUGCGACGUCACCGAUUGAGCAGAGUGGGGCGAGAUCGCCCAGCAGCGAAGCGGAAGACAAAGCGAGGGGACAGGCUGCUGGCUGGCACCUGCAGCAGCCGCACACGUUUGCACGUGAAUGCGAUCUCGGCGCUGGGCGCGACAUGGACCGCUUUAUGCUGAACCGACUGGGCAGCGCUCGCCCCGACCCACGUCCCGACUACGUCGCCGACCAGGCGCAGGCACAUCUUCUCCGCGAGAGGGUGUAG